AUGAGCAACAUCUACGGCAUCCGCGCCCCGCACAGCAAGGUCGCCUUUGUGACCGGUGCCAACGGUAUCAGCGGCAGUGCCAUUGUUGAGCAUCUGAUCAAGCAAUCGGCCAGCGAGUGGUCCGCGAUCAUCAUUACCUCGAGGAGCCCGAUCAAGGCUGUAUACACCGAUCCAAGAGUGCGGUUCAUCGCCAUCGACUUCCUCGAGCCGGUCGAGGCCAUCGCCGAGAAGAUCCAGGGAUUGUGUGCGGAUGUGACCCAUGCCUUUUUCACAUCCUACAUCCACAACAACGACUUUUCGCAAUUGCACCAAAAGAAUGGCCCUCUGUUCCGCCACUUCGUCGAAGCAGUGGACCUGGCCUGUCCCAAGUUGCAGCGCGUCGUGUUGCAAACCGGAGGCAAGCACUACGGGUUUCAAUUCAGGGAUUUCACCACCCCCUGCCUGGAAGAUAUGCCUCGCUACGAGGGCCCCGAAAAUAUCUUCUACUACGAACAAGAAGACGACCUGUUUGCGGUCCAGAAGCGCCGAAACACCUGGAGUUACAACAUCAUUCGUCCCAUGGCCAUCAUCGGCUACAGCUGCCAAUAUCUGGGAAUCAACGAAUCCCUGCCGCUGGCCCAGUACUUCUUGAUCUGCCGGGAGCUCGGCGAGGCUCCGCGCUGGCCCGGUUCUUUGGAAAGCUAUCACCGCGUCGAGAAGCAGUCGUCCGCCAUGGGGAUUGCCCACCUGACGGUCUGGGCAGCCACGGCCCCUGACUGCAAGGACGAGGCCUUCAACCACGACGAUGGGGAUGUGAUCGUGUGGAAGUUUCUCUGGCAUCUGCUGGCCAAGUACUUCCGGGUCUCGAUGGACGACUUCGAGGCCCCGACGGCGGCGACCCGGCCGUUUGACCUCGGCGAGUGGGCGCAGGACAAGAAGGCGGUAUGGGAGCGCAUCGUCGCCAAGUAUGGGGGCGACCCGGAGGCAUUCCAGAUAGAUGCCUUUAGGCUGAUGAACUGGUACAUCACGCCCGCGGCGAGCUCGGCACCAGUCAUGAGCACCGUCGUCAAGGCGCGGCAGUUUGGCUGGGCGCACAGCGAUGACACCUACCAAUCGUGGCUGAACACCAUGCGCGCCUACGAAAAUGCCGGUGUUUUGCCCACUCUGCCC